UAUCAAGCUGUAUGUAAAACUAUUUGCUUUGGGACUAAAAACACUUCAGCCUUCAGUCUGAGUAACUUGGUAUUUUUCCACAAGAACAACUGCAGAAACAUGGCAAAAAUCAAUUCCUGUUUCAAGAAGACCUUUAUCUUCUUUAAUGCCCUUUUUGCGAUCUUUGGAAUUAUCAUUUUUGGCGUUGCUCUGUUUGGGCGGCAAUAUGCUGAGGACGCGAACACCAUGACAGGAGUAAUAUUUUUGUAUGUGGUCGGCUCCGGGAUAUUCAUCAUCUCUGUCUUGGGGGUUUUUGGAGCAUACAAAGAGAGCAAGUGCGCACUUAUUAUGUUCUUUGUCAUUAUGUGCUUGAUGACCGGAGGCAUGUUGCGUGUUGCCAUUCCUAUUGCAGUUAAUCGUGCUGAGCUCCGUUCGGCUGUCCAAGAAUACCUAAAAUCACCAUCGGCUAUGACUAAAGAGAUAAAGCACGCAUUAAUCUCCAUGCAAGCGCAUUUCAAGUGCUGUGGACUCAGUAAUGGAUACCAGGACUGGCAGGGGGAAGUUCCUGAGUCAUGUAACUGCGAGGGUUCCUAUAGUCCUGACAUGUGUAAGAGUGUUUUAACAAAUGUGAACAAGAACCUCCGGUAUAUAAGUGAAAGUACAAGUCAAAGGGUGUGGUCAAAGCCAUGUGGGCCUGUGUUUAUUGAAUAUUUGGACAAAAUCUUCAACAUCUCAUUGGCCAUGUUUUUCACCUUAGCAGCUCUGGCUAUCCUGGGAGGUCUGAUGUCUCUAAUGAUGAUCAUCAAGAUCAGCAAUCCAUCCAUCAGUCAGAUGCCGCCUAUGGCUCUUUCAUACCAGCCACCAAAAUACUCCGAGGUGGUUAAUUAUUAACCGGUUGGGUUUGAAGUGUUUAGCUGGUUGAGUUUCAUCUGACCCAAAAUGGCCCAGGCUUCUUUUAUGCAUAUUUUUAGCAUUUCUUAUAUGUCUACAUGACUGGAAGGAAAAAAAGAAACUUCCUUUAUGAUAUAUUUUACCAGAUCUUUGUCUUUAUGUCUUGGACACCUUGCAUUUUUAUAUAAACAUGUAUUAUUCCUACUCUAUUGUGUUAGUAGUAAUGGCUAUAUAUAAUGACUAUAUUUUUGAUCUAAUUUUCAGUAGAUUUUCCAUAAACAUCCCUAAGAGAAGUGAUGCAGAGUCCAAUAUUCAUAUAAACCGAGUUUUACUGUUUGUUUAUUCAAGAUAGUAAUUAUUUUCAGGUUUACAGUUGUUUCAAUAAAAAAAAAUUAAAUAAUAAAACUCUGAGUGUAAAAGUAA